UGUUUACCUGUUCGAAACGAUAAGAAUUACUCCGAAGAUGAUCUGUCAAAAUGAGUGCACGAAUUCGUCGGGCGAUUUGUGAAAAAAUUUCACAGGCGACACAAUUGAGUCACAAUUUCUACCAUGAGUUGGAGGUGCCUAUAAAACGGCAAACAAACUCAGCACUUCCGAUACUACACUGGACACCCUUCCCAGACAAUGUCGCCAAAGAGCUGCUUCAACUAAUACCACGCCUAGAAUUCGAUAAAUCUAUUAUCGAAAAAGUGAAACUGCUGCCAGCCACUGGUAGAAUUCCCGCACGUCUAGAAUUUCAAUUGCAAACACAAUCGUUUGCAGAGUCACUGUUACAGCAGAAUGCCGACCUGGCGCCACAACUGGAUGCGCAUAUGGUAUUCGAUUUUAGUUCACCCAACAUCGCCAAGCCGUUUCAUGUCGGCCAUCUGCGUUCCACUAUCAUUGGCAAUACACUUGCUAAUUUGCACCAGCAUUUAGGUUAUCGUGUAACCCGUAUAAACUAUCUUGGUGAUUGGGGUACGCAAUUUGGCAUGUUGCAUGUGGGUGUUCAAAUGCUUGGCAUCACCGAUGAACAGAUGCGUGCCAAGCCCAUUGAAACUCUCUACAGAGCUUAUGUCGCUGCCAACACAGCUGCGAAAACGGAUGCCAGUGUUGUUGAAAAGGCGCGGGAGUGCUUUACACAGCUCGAGGCAGGCACUGAUGCCGAGAUGGCGCGACAAUGGCAACAUUAUCGUAAUUACACCGUGGCCGAGUUGGAGCAGGUAUAUGCGCGAUUAGGGGUGUGCUACGACCAAUACGAUUGGGAAUCCCAGUACUCACAACGGCAAAUCGGCGAUGUGCUGGAUAAUUUGCAGCAACGUGGGCUUUUACUAGACGAAAGUGAUGGACGCAAGGUGGUAAAUGUGGACGGGAGACGUGUGCCGGUUGUGAAAAGUGAUGGCUCAAGUUUGUAUUUGACGCGUGAUAUUGCAGCUGUGUUGGAUCGCUUUAGGCGGUAUAACUUCGAGCGCAUGUACUAUGUAGUGGAAAAUGGUCAGGCAGAUCAUUUUAAUGCGCUCUUUAAGACGACAGCAGCGCUGACAGCGGAUAUACCAUUGGAGCGGAUGGUACAUGUUAAAUUCGGGCGCAUACAUGGCAUGAGUACGCGUAGCGGUAAAGUAGUUUUCUUGCGCGAUGUACUCGACGAGGCGCGGAAUGUAAUGCUGGAAAAGCAGCUGAGCACUACAACCACUAAAGUCGAACUAUCAAGCACAUCCAAUGAUUACAAAACCGUUGCCGAUGUCUUGGGUGUAUCAGCGGUUAUUAUAAAUGAUCUGAAGCAACGUCGCCAACGUGACUAUGACUUCGAUUGGCAGAAGGCGCUGCAAGUGAAUGGUGACACAGGUAUCAAACUGCAGUACACACACUGCCGCCUGCACAGUUUGCUAACAAAUAUGGUGCACAUUGAUGUUAGUAACAGUAAAGUGGACGUAGCGCAGUUGGCAGAAUCGGAAGCGCAAGAUUUACUUCAUGAAAUAGCACGCUUCGAGCAGAUGGUGUGGCUAUCCAAGCAGCAACUAGAGGCGUGUGUCUUGGUGAAUCACCUAUUCGCAUUAUGCAACUCUACCAGUCGCGCUCUGAAAUGUUUGAAUGUUAAGAAUGAAGCGUGCCUCGCCAGACAACAAAAUCGCUUGCUCCUUUUCACUGCCGCCAAGAGAAAUUUAAACACAGGCAUGCGUAUACUCGGCCUACGACCGCUGGACCAAAUGUAGUCGAUUACUACUAAGUUGUAAAACUAUAAUUUAUUUUUUGCUCGUAUCUAUGUAAAUAUAUAUUUCCGUGUUUGCGCUACAAAAUUUGUACAACAAAAGUGACUGGCAAAUACAAACUCGAUUUAGAAUAACAA